AUGAGAAAAUCAACAGACUUUAUUCAAGAUGAUGGCGAUGAAGAUGAGGAUGAAAUAAUAGUAGAUUUUACAUACGUAGUUAAGGCUUAUUUAUCUAGUUAUUUUAUCGAUAAAUCAGGCUAUGUGCAAUUAGAACAAUUUCGUGAAGCACCUUUAGCUGAAGGUGAAGCUAAAUCUGCUGAAUUGAUUGGUGAGGCUAUCAAGAACAAACCUGGAUUUAUUGAAUUAAGAAAAAUUGAGACAGCUAGGGACAUUGCUUCUACUUUAUCACGUUCUCAAAAUCGUGUACUAUUGGAUUCUGAUACUUUAUUAUUAAAUGUUUCUGAUCCUGCAAGACUUUUACAAUUUGGCAACUCUAUUUUAGCACGUUCAAAGAAUGAUGAGAAGAAUGAUGAGAAAAAUGAAGAUAAAGUUGAUAAGAAUGUUGAAAAGACAGAUGAUGAUAUGAAAAUUGAAGAGAAUGAUGAAAAGAAAGUUGAUGAGAAAGUUGAAAAGAAAGUUGAUGAGAAAGUUGAUGAUGUGAAAAUCGAAGAGAAUGAUGAUAUGAAAGUUGAUGAGAAAAAUAAGAAGAAAAUUGACAAGAAAGUUGAUAUGGAAGUUGAUGAGAAAGUUAAAAAGGAAGUUGACGAGAAAGUCAACGAUGCGAAAGUUGAUGAAAAAGUCGAUGACGUGAAAAUUGAAGAGAAUGGUGAUAAGAAGGUUGAUAUGAAAGUUGAUAUGAAAGAUGAUAAUAAAGAUAAGAAAGAUGAUAAUGCAAUCAAUGAAGAUGACAAAGAUAAUAAAGGUGAUAAUCCAAUUAAUAAAAAUAAGAAAGAUGACGAGAAAGAUCAUAAGAACGAUUCAUCAUCAUCUGCGUCUAAUGAUGUCAACAAUACUAAAACAGCACCAAAAACCAAUGAUUCUUUAGAUGAUGAUAAAGAUAACAAAACCGAUGAUGGAAUAAAACUUUACAGAAUGACAGUUAGAACAUGCGAAGAACCAAUCGUAGAAACAUUUGAUGUUCAUAUUGAUUUUGAGACUUUGCAAUAUGCAAUGGUUGGAAUGACUGUAAUAGCUGAUUUUCAUCAAUUGUCAAAUGGGUGGUGGUAUUAUGAUAAUUAA